AUGGGGUCAUUUCAAUGGAACUUGAAGUCACUGGUGGUGCUCGGUAUCCUGUUCCACUGCGUGUACCUGUUCAGCAUCAUCGACAUCUAUUUUCGGUCUCCCAUCGUGCAUGGCAUGACACCACACGCCUCCUCGCUGCAGCCUCCCGCGCAGCGCGUCCUCGUCUUCGUGGCGGAUGGUCUGCGAGCGGACAAACUGUUCGAGACCCUGGCACUGGUGCAGCGGAGAGAUGGGACUGGCAAGUACUUUCUUCGUGACAUCGUCGAGAAGCGGGGCAGGUGGGGCGUGUCGCACGCUCGGGUACCCACCGAAAGUCGGCCCGGGCACGUUGCCCUCUUCGCCGGUUUCUACGAAGACGUGUCUGCCGUGACCAAGGGUUGGAAGGCAAACCCGGUCGAAUUCGACUCUGUGUUCAACGAAAGCGCGCGUUCGUGGUCGUGGGGAAGUCCCGACAUUCUGCCGAUGUUUGCCCACAAUGUGCCGCAGAUGUACUCGCAUUCGUACCACGAAGACUCCGAGGACUUUGCGUCGGAUGCGUCGAACUUGGACACGUGGGUGUUCGAUCGCGUCGAGGAACUCUUUGCGUCAUCGCACAAGAACCGGACUCUGAACGACCAGCUGCAUGAAUCGCGCAGCGUGUUCUUCCUGCACCUGCUCGGCAUCGACACCAACGGUCAUGCGCACCGGCCCUACUCCUCCGAAUAUCUGGAGAAUAUCGACAUCGUCGACCAUGGCGUGCAGCGGCUCUACGAGCUGUUCGAACAGUACUACGGCGACGGGCAGACCACGUACAUCUUUACCUCCGAUCACGGCAUGCACAACAAGGGAAGCCACGGCGACGGGCACCCGGACAACACCGAGACCCCGUUCAUCGUGUGGGGCGCCGGGGCGCGCAAGCCGCACCCGCCGACUGCUCGGCCCGGCGAGAAGUCUAUGCCGGCGCCCGGCGCCUGGAACCUCACCGGCCUCCCGCGUUUCGACAUCAACCAAGCUGACGUGGCGCCUCUCAUCUCGUUCUUCGCGGGCCUGACCUAUCCCAUGAAUUCGGUCGGCGUACUGCCCACGGCCUACAUCGACGCCCCGCAGUCGAGCGUGUCCGACGGCCUUCUGCAGAACGCGCUCGAGAUCUACGAGCAGUUCCUCCGCAAGGCUCAGAUGAAGCGGGACCAUUCCAUCAUGUUCAAGAACUUCAAGCCCCUCCACGACGCCGAUACGACGAUCCGGACGAUUCGUGCGCUCAUGUCGUCGGGCAGGCACGAGCAGGCGCAAGAGCUGUCCAGCAGCCUCAUCGACCUGUCGCUGCAGGGCCUCCACUAUUUCCAGACCUACGAUUGGCCGUUCCUGCUCUCGGUGGUCUCGCUGGGCUACGUCGGCUGGAUCGCGUUCCUGGUGCUCCAUGUGGUGGCCCACAACACCAACCUGCCCGCCUACGUGCGCCACCGAUUGGCCCAAUCCAACCGCAACACCAAUCUGUUGGCGGCCCUGGUCGGCGCGGCCCUGUUCGUAUUCCUGUGGCUCGAGUCGUCCCCGAUCCAAUACUACCUCUACACGUUCUUCCCUGUUCUGUUCUGGGCGCAGAUCUACAAGGCCAGGUCCAUCCUAAGGCACCACCUGCCCACCAUGCUCACCCUUCCGUCGUUCGUCAUGUCCUCCCUCCUCGUCAUCAUCUUUCUCGCCAUUCUCGAAGUCAUGGUGGCGAGCUACUACAACCGGGAGCUGCUCUGUCCGGUGCUGCUGCUCGUGGGCUGCUGGCCCCUGGUGAAGGAGAGCAGCGUGAGCGGAAGUCUGGCCGUUGGCUGGGCCGCGUGCUGCUUCGUCCUCUCCAUCUUCCCGCUCCUCUCCGUUGAAUUCGGCUCCUCCAUCUCUCUUGUGUCUGCGGGCGGGCUGGCGGCGUUCGCCCUGGGCGCGCUGCCGUUCGUGGUCAAGCUCUUCUUCACGCCCCGACCGGCGCCGGUGGUGGUUGGCGGCAAGGAGAAGGAGGAGAAGUCGGAGCGGAACAAGCUCGCCUAUCUUCCGCCCUUCUCGCCCGCCGAGGCUCGCAUGGCCGCCAUCCAACUGGCCGCCGUGCUCGUGGCCGUGUGGGUUGUGAGCAGCACCAACUUCAACCUCGAGAACAAGCUGCCCGUUCCAUUCUACAACCACGUGAUCGCCUGGCUGUCCCUGGCGUCGCUCGUGGUGCUUCCAUUCGUCUUCAGCACGCACCCCAGCGUGUUCCUCUUCAACCUGUUCCUGUCCCUGGCCGCGCCUUUCACAUUCCUCAGCAUUUCCUAUGAGGUGCUGUUCUACUGCGCGUUGAGCGCGACCCUCUAUCUGUGGUACUAUCUGGAGGCAGCACUCUUUCGCGGGCAGCGCCCCGAGACCCUGUCCUCUCGAGCCACCCGCGCUCUUACCGUCGGCGACGCCCGCAUCGCCCUCUUUUUCCUCUACCUGUGCUACGUGGCGUUCUUCGGGACAGGCAACAUCGCGAGCAUCAGCAGCUUCGAGGUGUCGUCGACCUUCCGCUUCAUGUCCAUCUUCAAUCCGUGGGUGAUGGGCGCGCUGCUCAUCAUCAAGCUCCUCCUGCCCUUCAUCCUCGUCUCGUGUGCCUACCACAUCAUCGUCGCCUCGUCCCAGCUCGACCUCUCGGCCUCGUUCCUCCUCGUCAUCGCCUUCUCCGACGUGCUCAGCCUCAACUUCCUCUUCCUCGUCCGCGACACCGGCAGCUGGAAGGACAUCGGCACCUCCAUCUCCCACUUCGCCAUCUCCAACUGCUUCAUCCUCUUCCACCUGGGCAUCGUCGCCCUCUCCUCGCUCCUCACCUCUCGCCUCCGACUGCCGCGCCUCGUCCCCAAGCCCGACCAGCUCUCCCUCUGA